CUUGACGGUUCACUUAAGUUCUUUCCAAAUAAACAAGCUGUGAUUGAUAGUGAUAGGUAACACUUCAAGGGUAGCAACUUUUUGUACUCUCAUCCGUUCCUUUGACUUUGGAGGACGUGGCACAUGCCCCGGGGGAGAAAAAGCAAGUCAACACUUUAAUUUUAAACUUGCACUGUUAAAGCACUUUCAAAAUAGUAAUAGUUGAGCUUCAUCUCAGACAUGAAUGUCUUUCUCAGUCUAUUCCCCAGGACCCCUCUUAUCCCGCUUCAUGUCCCGGUCAAUGCGGUGCGCUUUUCGAAAUGGGGCCGCAGAGUUGCCGGCGGAGACUAGUAGGUGGGAGGCUCCACGCGCACUCCCCGACUCGGCCGGGACGCGGCUCCCAGACUCCGCGCAGGGCGCCAAGAUCGCCGCCCCGCUCCCUUCCCCCGGCCUCCCCACCAAUCCCAGUUUGAAAGAAAACUUCACGCGGCCGAAAUGAACGUCACCUCACCGCUCCAAGCCUCCAGCCGGCAGAAAACCAUUGCACUUUGACUAUGGAAACAGAGGCUAUUGAUGGCUAUAUAACGUGUGACAAUGAGCUUUCACCCGAAAGGGAGCACUCCAAUAUGGCAAUUGACCUCACCUCAAGCACACCCAAUGGACAGCAUGCCUCACCAAGUCACAUGACAAGCACAAAUUCAGUAAAGCUAGAAAUGCAGAGUGAUGAAGAGUGUGACAGGAAACCCCUGAGCCGUGAAGAUGAGAUCAGGGGCCAUGAUGAGGGUAGCAGCCUAGAAGAACCCCUAAUUGAGAGCAGCGAGGUGGCUGACAACAGGAAAGUCCAGGAGCUUCAAGGCGAGGGAGGAAUCCGGCUUCCGAAUGGUAAACUGAAAUGUGACGUCUGUGGCAUGGUUUGCAUUGGGCCCAAUGUGCUUAUGGUACAUAAAAGGAGUCACACUGGUGAACGCCCCUUCCACUGUAACCAGUGUGGAGCUUCUUUUACUCAGAAGGGCAACCUUCUGAGACACAUAAAGUUACACUCUGGAGAGAAGCCGUUCAAAUGUCCUUUCUGUAGCUACGCCUGUAGAAGAAGGGACGCCCUCACAGGACACCUCAGGACCCAUUCUGUGGGUAAACCUCACAAGUGCAACUACUGUGGACGAAGCUACAAGCAGCGCAGUUCACUGGAGGAGCACAAGGAACGCUGCCACAACUAUCUCCAGAAUGUCAGCAUGGAGGCUGCUGGGCAGGUCAUGAGUCACCAUGUACCUCCUAUGGAAGAUUGUAAGGAACAAGAGCCUAUUAUGGACAACAAUAUUUCUCUGGUGCCUUUUGAGAGACCUGCUGUCAUAGAGAAGCUCACGGGGAAUAUGGGAAAACGUAAAAGCUCCACUCCACAAAAGUUUGUGGGGGAAAAGCUCAUGCGAUUCAGCUACCCAGAUAUUCACUUUGAUAUGAACUUAACAUAUGAGAAGGAGGCUGAGCUGAUGCAGUCUCAUAUGAUGGACCAAGCCAUCAACAAUGCAAUCACCUACCUUGGAGCUGAGGCCCUUCACCCUCUGAUGCAGCACCCGCCAAGCACAAUCGCUGAAGUGGCCCCAGUUAUAAGCUCAGCUUAUUCUCAGGUCUAUCAUCCAAAUAGGAUAGAAAGACCCAUUAGCAGGGAAACUGCUGAUAGUCAUGAAAACAACAUGGAUGGCCCCAUCUCUCUCAUCAGACCAAAGAGUCGACCCCAGGAAAGAGAGGCCUCUCCCAGCAAUAGCUGCCUGGAUUCCACUGACUCAGAAAGCAGCCAUGAUGACCACCAGUCCUACCAAGGAAACCCUGCCUUAAAUCCCAAGAGGAAACAAAGCCCAGCUUACAUGAAGGAGGAUGUCAAAGCUUUGGAUACUACCAAGGCUCCUAAGGGCUCUCUGAAGGACAUCUACAAGGUCUUCAAUGGAGAAGGAGAACAGAUUAGGGCCUUCAAGUGUGAGCACUGCCGAGUCCUUUUCCUAGACCAUGUCAUGUACACCAUUCACAUGGGUUGCCAUGGCUACCGGGACCCACUGGAAUGCAACAUCUGUGGCUACAGAAGCCAGGACCGUUAUGAGUUUUCAUCACACAUUGUUCGAGGGGAGCACACAUUCCACUAGGCCUUUUCAUUCCAAAGGGGACCCCUAUGAAGUAAAGAACUGCACAUGAAGAAAUACUGCACUUACAGUCCCACCUUUCCUCAAAUGUUGACAUACCUUUUAUUUUUUUUAAUAUUAUUACUGUCGAUAAUUCUUAUUUUGUGGAGGCAGUGUCGUUUGCUCUGCCUAAUUACGAUAAGGAAGAAACAGAAGAGAGAAGGGGCGGGAAUAUUGUUUCUUUAUCACCUGGCUUGUUUAUUUUGUGGGAAUUUAAGAGCAGUCCAUUUCUACCAAGGCAUAUCAUGCUUUGAAAAAUCACUUGAUUCAUAAAGAUUCACCUAAGAGAUUCUGAUUUGCCACUGAUAUUCAGGAUUAUGAUGGAAGACAGGAAAGUUUAGAGUUUUCUGGGUAGGACUUUGGUGGUUUAAAAACGGUAUAAGUAACUUUAUUCUUGAAAGAAGAAUGUGUUUCAAAUUGUAAACCAAUUUUUUGUUCUUCAGAGAUCAUGGAACACAAACACAUUGUUAUUUUCAGUGAUAACUCCUAAGAGGAGCUGAGUUGUUGUGGGUUCUAUGUUUACUUCCCCUAUGGAAUUUAUAAUUCAGUAUGUUUUACACUGUACCAUAUAGCAAAACUUUUAAACUACAGGUAGUUAAGGGCCACCUACAAUACAUCUGAGGUCCUGUGAUCUUAUUUUUCUAAACGUAAGCACUGUUUUUCCAUAGUUUUGAUGACUGGCAUUUUAUAGACACCCUGGCAGCCUUACUUUUAACACCUUUAAGGAAUAGUAUUUUUAUGUAGUUUUCAGAAUAACAUAUGGUCUAAGAGUGGAUAAAAGGCAGUCAAUAAUUUCUGGGAGGGACUUCUACUUUCAUAAAUUUGUUUGAGAGGUUUUCUUUUAAAGUUGUAAUGUGAUGGCAGCAUAGUAUAUGUAUUUGUUUCUAAAAGUAUGCUUACGAUUGUCACUUUAUCAGCAUUUAAUCAGUGUUAACCAGUCAGCAGAAAAAUAUAAUUAUGCUAACAGUAGGGGGAGAAAACCCACUUAGAAAUCCCUUUUCUGGUAUUUCUCUUUUCACUAGUUUUUUUCAAGAUGUGACCUCCCGGUGUUCUGUCCAUAGUUCAUUCAUCCUUUACUCUUCGAGUAGAAGGUCUUAAAAGUCUUCCUGUCGGCUAUUUCUUUCAAAAUCUCCUCAGAGCAAUUGCUAAUUUGACCUGAAUCUGGUAACUUGAACCCUGUAAGGUUACAGAACUAGGGCUAUUUAUUUUAGCAUUUCUUCAGUAGUAUUUACUACUCUUGCUGCAAAGAAAAGGGAAUGGGACUUCUAUGUAACCUGUACCUUGGACAACAGAUAAAAGAAACAAAAAAAUAAGAAAGUUUACUUUUACCCUUCUUGGAGUCUAGAAUGUGACAGAACCCCCAAAGGAAGGUCCUGCACAUUUUUCUGUUUCCAAAACAUUUAAUUGUGUAAGUCCUUGUCAGAAAUGAAUCUCAAUCCCUUAGUAUAGAAUUCCCCUUACAUGGAAUAGGUUGCCAUAUUUCAUGUGCAGAUUUUAAUUUCAUUUAUGUGGGUGCUCUGUUUUUUCUUUGCAGUCCAACCACAUUAGAGGGGAGGAACCGAGUGAUAUUGAUUCAAGUCAUUUUAGGGGGACAUACUUGGAAGGCAGAACUUGCUGCUUCUGUUUGGGGAGGACAGGCCUGACUGUGACUGGAUUAUCUGAUAACCAUUUGUGAAUACUGAAAUUCUGUUAGGCAGUAACUGAUAACUGCUCUAAAAGAUCAUUAAAUAGGAUGCCGAAAUUAUGUAUCUUAAUACAGUGUGGUAUGAGAAUUACCAAGUCAAGAGAAUUGUGGACAUAAGCAAGUUUGGCCCCAAUACUGCUCUUAACUCAUUUUCCAGCUUACCAUUUGCUAUUUAAAUGGUAGGCACCAGCUAAGCACUUCUAAGCACUAACACAGCUAGAACUAGGCAAAAAUGGUUAGAACUCAGCUCUCUUCUACUAGUCCCUAUCAUAAUUAUUUUUGGGAAAAUGUCCAAACUGUCCCUUUAAAUCUAAGGGAAUGCACCAAAACAGAGAUAUAUAGAAUGUCAACCAUUUCAUUUUUUUUUUCUGCAUGCCUUGGUACAUAGUGAACAUACAACCUAUUUAAAGAUAAAGCAUGUUUUUGAGACUCGCUCACCCCCCCUGCCCAACCACUCCCAAAUAAUAAUUGGGAUGCCAUUUUUUUUCCUUUUGGAUGAGGUAAAUAAUUUUAAGGUUCACAAUUUUGUCUUUUACUGCAAUUUAAGGAAACAUUUGGAUGUCAGUCAAUAUGUUCAUAAUUUUGGCUGCGUGCGAAUUUCUGCUGGCAUUAUCUAUGAAUUUUCUUCCUACUUAUUUUUUUUCAGUAUAUGAACAAUCAUAUAUCUACCUGCCCCAGGAUGAAACUAAAUUUAGGUGGACCCUAAACCUUAUGAAGACAGUGCUGAGGCACUUUCCUUUUCUGAUUUCAUCUUUUUGGGAAUCUGUUUUAUUGAAGGUAGUUAGUAGUUGAGAGUGCAUUUGCUACAAGCAUAUAUUUGUAUUUUCCUAGCUUCAUGAGGAAUAGAAAGAGGUGGAUAUGGCUCAGGGUGUGGCAGGGACAACUGAGGACAAAGUCAAUUCAAAUUUGUGGGUCAGAAAGAAUUUUUGUGGACAUAGUGUUUUUGGAGAAACUCUGGAUGGUUAUAUUUGCAUGCCUUUUCUUCAAAAGGAAAUACGCAAGGUUGUAGCAUCUAAAAAUAAACAUAAGAGUCAGACACCAAAUAAAUCAAGUUUUACAUAACAGUUGUAUGCCCAGUUUGUUUAGGUGAGAUUUCACAUUACAGAAAGUAUUUGAGGAGCAUGAAAAUGGGUUAUCUUCUGUAUUUUCCAGUUUGGCAAAAGUUCAGAAUUUCAUCACAUUGCUUUGCCCUAAUUUUGCCCAGAAUUUUAUCUUAGCCUCUCUCUGACAGUGAUGAAUCAUGCUUAAAAAGCCAUUCUAAUUGGACCUUUUUAAGACAGGGAAAGGGAUUGGUGGGCAGAUUGGAAGAAAUUUCAAGUCAUUGAAAUAUUCCAUUGAGAUUUCCUAAAGGGACAAAAUUGGGAAAAUAAGAAACUACGACUUAGAUUUGGCUACGUAGUAGAAAGUAUCUCCCCUACAUACAUACAGGUAAUUGUAUGUAUGAAUCAUAGGGUAUAUGUGUGUGUAUACUACACACACAUUCUUUUAAAGAGAAUUCAUGGGAAAAAAAAGCAGUUGGAGUGAUCAGAUAUAUUGCAAAAACAUACAGAGAAUUUAAACGACAGUUAAUACCAAGAAAUUAGUUGGGUUUACUUUAUCAGGUCGUAAUAGGAAUCACUAAAGAAGUUACUAGUGUGUCUUUAGGACCAGUGGCAACUCUUAAACUAAAACUUUGGGUCCUUAUUAUCUACUUACAGAACAAAGUGAAACAAACAAUGAUUAAGCUGAUUAGAUAUACAUUCAAAGAUAUUUAAUGUAAAGUUUUUUGGAAUAGGAAGAAAAUUCAGAAAAUAAAUAUUAUCAACAGUUACUUAUUGGCAAAUAGAGAAAGACAAGAAUAGUUUAGUGAGCCCGGUAUUUUGUUUUUAUAGUUUUUAUCUCGGUUGUACAACUCACAAAACCAUGAAGUCUUUGGUAUUUUAUAAAUGUUCAACAAAAUUUACAUCAGAUUAAGGCAUUUAGAUGAAAAUUAUUAUGUUCUCACUAUCUUCCAAUUUUUAUUUCAUCCUAUCUCCAAAAUGAUUUCUUAGGGUAGAAAAAGAGCAGACGGGGCUGUAAAAAUACAAGCAAAAAACUGUGUGCCCCUAGUUUCAGGCAGAACUUAAACUGUCAGAGGUACUAGCUACAUGAUUUGUUUUUUAACUUUGGAUUGUUCACGUCCAAAAAUGGAUAAAUUACAUUUGUGUUUAUCAUCAGUUAUAUUUUAUGUAUUAUUUUAAUAAAUACUCUCUGAAUGAAGACUAUUCUAAACCAGAAAAUUCCCCAAAUCCAAAAGAAAAAAAAAGUGGGAAGGGGUGAAAUUGAAGUUUGUGUAUAUGAAAGUUAUCUUAGACAUAUUUUUAAUUCUCCAGUUUCUGCAAAAUAAUUAAAAUAUACAGUAACUGGUCUCCUAAAUCCUGAAUUUAAUGUAUUAAAUACUUAUGUUCUUUAUAUUGGUGCCUUUUUAAAAUGCAUUGAGAGUGUUGGUUAGCUGUUGCAGCUGUACAACACUUUUAAUAUGGAUUUUUAAAAAUCACUUAAAAUUGAGUACUAUAUAAUUCAUCUCUGCAUUUUUAGUGCAAAUCUUUAGAGCAAUUUCUAAUAGAGAAAUUUUCAGCUCAGCUGUUAAAAGGAAAAGGAAACUUUGAAACUAGACUUUAAUACCUUUUUAGUUUCAUAGUAUUUCUGAAUAUGAUUACAAGAUUAUGCAGGUAAAAUAUAGAGUCAAACUUUACCUGUGAAUUGAAUUAUAAUUUGUGUUUUUGUUUUGUUUUUAAGGAAGAAUAAGUUCUGUAUCAAACAAGAAUUUAUUAGAUAAUUUUUUGGUCAAUGAAAUACAGUAUUCAUUUGGAUUUUCAUCUCCAGACUAGUAUUGUUCUAGUCUUGGAAUCUGUAUUUUCUAAUCUGUUAGAAAAUAGAGAUUGAAAAUUGAUGGAAUAAUGUGAAAAAGCAGGUAAUUAAUUCUCCUUGAACAAAGCAAAACUGAACAGUCAUAUCACAUUGCUAUUCUCCAAAGCAUAAUCUCAAAUGGUUUCAUAUCAUGAUUGUGUAUUACUUGCAAUGGGUGUGUUAGGAUAUGACAGCUUUUUAAAAAAAUGAGCUGCUGGUUAUACAAAGCAAAUGGCAUAUGACCAAGAAGCUGUGAUAUGCUAGUGUUUCUUUUUAUCAUAGUGUAUUACUAGGCCAAAUAAUGACACCUUGAAUAUUUUUACAUUUAUUGCAGAAACCUUAAACUUUGGAAUUUCCAUAAGGUUUUUAUGUAAUAUUCUAUUUCUAGCUUUUUAGUUUUAUCUUGCUGUACUGUAAGUUUGAGGAUAUUUUUCACAUGCACUCUUAGGAAUAAGUUCAUAAUUCUGUUUAUGGGGCUUUCCUCCCAUAACACUGCAUUUGUAUAUUUUCUGUAUAAAAUAUGUGUUGUGUAUUAACCUUUAUCCCAUACAGAGAGUGGUACAUGAAUGACUAGUUUUCUAAGAUGUCCUUUUUAUUGUGAAUAAAAUAUAAAAUUUAGAGGCCCUCUGCUAAGUCACAUAAAGUACAGCAUAUAAGUUCAUAUAGGUACAAAUAAAUGAGUUUGCAGUGAAUUGGGCCUUCAAAUUACCUCAAAUGACAGAUAGUAAGAAAAGCUUCUUGAGCAGGUGGAGGUCACUGAAUCCCCUACUAUGCACUUAUCAAGAUUUUACUUACUUUAAUUUACUGGAAAUUGAUUUUUUAAAAAAUGACUACACUGUAACAAGGGAAGGGAUCUGGGUUUUUUUGUUGUUGUUUUAUUCUUGUUUUUUUUAAGUAGUUCAAAUUCUGAAACUGUGAUUUAAAAAUUUUUUACAGUCAAGCAUUCUGAUUUUGAACAUAACUCCCUUCCCUUUCUGUGUAACAAAGGUCUCUCUGUUAUCUCUUAAAUUUUGUUACAUCUCCCUCAGCCUCUUUCUUUGUCCGUCUCCCUUCUGUCAUUGUCUAUGGAUGUUUACCUCUCUGUUCUCCUAAAAGUUUGAAGAUUAGGUCAACUCGUAUUUCUAGUUCAUUGGUAAUUUAAUCUUAAUUUUUUUUCGUGAUUUUUGUUGGUUGUAUAAUCUGCUGACGUAUUUUUAUACUCAAGUGUAGUUUUCUAUUAAAAAGAAAAGUGGUUGGAUUAAAAAUAGUAAGCUAUGUAACCCUCAUGUUACUUUCACUUUCAAAUAUUGGGUACCUAAAACAUUACUUCAGAGAUUAUGUAAUCCUAUUAUAGUAUGUUUGCUUUCCUUUAUUGUUGGAUUUUACAUUCUGAUUUGGCUUUCCUCCAAAAAAUGUAUAUCAUGAAAGACUAGACAGUUAUUUGCAAGUGUUUAGAAAGGUGUUAAAAAUGUAAAGCAAAGAGUCUUAACUUUCUCCUAAUUGGGAGAAAAAUGCUUUAACAUUACUAUAAUAAUAUUCCAGGUUUGGAGGGGGUCUCCAGGCCCCAUAUUUGCUGUUAAUAGUUGGACCUUUUAGACCAUGUGUUAUUUGCAAUCCCAGAAUGAUUGCUUCUGCUAUUAGUUAAAAAGAUACUAUUCUUUUCUUUCUGUACAAGUGCAAUACUCCCCUUGAAGUCUUAAAAACUAUGGUGAUUUUUUUUUCUUUUCUGACCUAUUCUUCCUUUAGCUAAUGACAAAAAGAAACUCAUAAAAGUCAUAGUAUGUUAAAGGACACAACAAGCAAAGAGAAAAACACUCCACAAUCAAAAGAUUACAGAAUGUGGAAACCACUAGUCUGAUCUCAUGGUAUCUUUAUUUAAGCUAAAUUUCCAUGGAAAUUAGUAAUCUUUUGCUUGAAAAAUGUGUCCUAAAGUUGAACUUUUUACAGAUUGAAUCUUCUUAGACCCUCGCCCAAUGCUCUAAAUUAAGAACCUAAUACUUAAUAUUUUUAUUUUACUUCUCCCCUUUUAGAAAUAAACUUUUAAAUAAAAGCAAAGCACUUAGCUGAGUUUUAAACACUUACAUAUCACCUAUUGGAGAAAAUUUUUUUAAAAUAUUUGGAGCAGUCCUGUUUUCAUACAAAUUUAAGUAAGAGGUAUUUUUCUUAUACAUAUUUAUAUGUAGUGUGCUAAUUUUCUUUUUUUAUACCUGUGUCCCUGUAGUAAAACUGCUGUAAUAUAAAUACAUGUUUUGUUAAAAGAUAACAUUUCUUUGGCAUUUCUUUUAAAGGCAGUUACUGCAUUUCUGCAUUUGUACAGUAUGUGUCUUGGCCAUUUUAGAUAUUCUUUCUUUAACAAUACCAAAGGUAAUUAGACUAUUUUAAAGACUAAUUGCUUGACAGUUUCUAGGGUAUUUUGUGUUUUAGAAGCAAAAAAAGAAAAAAAAAAUAGGUCAAACCAGUAAACCUCAUUUUUUUUCCAACUAAUAAUUUGGGGAAAUAAAAACUAUUGUUUAAAAAAGAAAUAUAUAUAUAUAUAUAUAUAAAUAUAUAUGUAAAGUUAAAAUUCCAUACCUUGUAUGUCAGGUUUGCUAAGUGUAAUGUAGUUUUUUUAAGGCUCAAAUACCAUACCUCAGAAAAUGAGGUUUACUAUGGAAAUACUGAAACAGUCUUUGCAGCUGUGUGACAAGUCACUCUACUACAUACUGAUUUGGAGACCUCCGCUAAAUAGUUUUAUCACUGCAGACUAAAAUGUGGGACUUGUAUCUUCUUUGUUUUUAAUGCACACACAUACAUGUUCUGUGCAUGUAUGUGGUUACUGUGUAUAUGUGUAUGAGUGUUGUAUAUGCAUGUGUGAGUGUGUGUCUAUGUGUGUACAACUAAAGAAGCUGCAGAAACUUUGUAAUACUUUGUGAAAAGGAUUAUAUUAUAAAGGUUUGUACUGUCUGAGUGCACAGCUACUGGAAUAAAUUUAGGGAAUCUCAGGAACAAGCAUAUAAUUUGUCCAAGAUUUAUUUCUUCUCAGAAGUGUAAGUGCAGUUUUUAAUUCUGUAUAUUAUUUAAUAUUUUACCAAUAAAAUAAACUUCUGACAUAAAAA